GCCCCGUGGCCGCGCCGCUGAGUUGGGCUCCCCUGUUCCAGACUUGUGCAGAGCGGGUGGAGAGGUUGGGCUUUUCAGUGGCAGCAGCAUCCCUGCCGUCUGGGACCUGGCGGAGGGCGUCCCCACUCCGGGGGAAGCAAAGGACCCGCCCUGACCUAGCCUGGACCAGCCUGGUCCUGCCCGGCCUGAGCGCCCCGCCCAGGAGCUGACUUUGAGGCAGCGGCCACUGGGGUUCCAGAGCGUGGCCGCCAUGGACAAGAUCUUGGAGGCGGUGGUGACGUCAUCAUACCCCGCGAGCGUGAAGCAAGGGCUGGUGCGUCGCGUGCUGGAGGCGGCGCGGCAGCCGCUGGAGCGGGAGCAGUGCCUGGCGCUGCUGGCGCUGGGCACACGCCUCUACGUGAGCGGCGCCGACGAGCUGCCCCGCCGCGUGGGCUGCCAGCUGCUGCACGUGGCCGGCCGCCACCACCCAGAAGUCUUCGCCGAAUUUUUCAGCGCGCGCCGCGUGCUGCGCCUGCUGCAGGGGGGCGCCGGGCCGCCGGGCGCCCGCGCGCUGGCCUGCGUGCAGCUCGGCCUGCAGCUGUUGCCCGAGGGGCCCUCGGCCGAUGAGGUGUUCGCGCUGCUGCGGCGCGAGGUGCUGCGCACCGUGUGCGAGCGCCCGGGGCCCGCGGCCUGUGCGCAGGUGGCGCGGCUGCUGGCGCGGCACCCACGCUGCGUCCCCGACGGCCCUCACCGCCUGCUCUUCUGCCAGCAGCUUGUGCGCUGCCUCGGCCGCUUCCGCUGCCCAGCCGACGGCGAGGAGGGCGCCGUGGAGUUCCUGGAGCAGGCCCAGCAGGUGAGCGGGCUCCUGGCGCAGCUGUGGCGCGCGCAGCCCGCCGCCAUCCUGCCCUGCCUCAAGGAGCUGUUCGCCGUCAUCUCCUGCACAGAGGAGGAGCCACCAUCUAGCGCCCUGGCCAGUGUGGUCCAGCACCUCCCAUUGGAGCUCAUGGAUGGUGUCGUCCGGAACCUCAGCAAUGAUGACAGUGUGACCGACUCCCAGAUGCUGACUGCCAUCAGCAGGAUGAUCGACUGGGUGUCCUGGCCCCUGGGGAAGAACAUUGACAAGUGGAUCAUUGCACUGCUGAAGGGCCUGGCCGCUGUUAAGAAGUUCAGCAUCUUGAUCGAGGUGUCACUCGCCAAAAUUGAGAAGGUUUUCUCCAAGCUUCUGUAUCCCAUUGUCCGGGGAGCCGCCUUGUCUGUCCUCAAGUACAUGCUCCUGACCUUCCAGCACUCCCAUGAGGCCUUCCACCUGCUCCUCCCUCACAUCCCCCCAAUGGUGGCCUCUCUGGUCAAGGAGGACUCCAACUCGGGGACCAGCUGCCUGGAGCAGCUGGCGGAGCUGGUCCACUGCAUGGUGUUCAGGUUCCCGGGCUUCCCGGAUCUGUACGAACCCGUCAUGGAAGCCAUCAAGGACCUCCAUGUUCCCAAUGAGGACCGAAUCAAGCAGCUGCUGGGGCAGGAUGCCUGGACCUCGCAGAAGAGUGAGCUGGCUGGCUUCUACCCCCGGCUCAUGGCCAAGUCAGACACUGGCAAGAUUGGUUUAAUCAAUCUGGGCAACACGUGCUAUGUGAACAGCAUCCUUCAGGCCUUGUUCAUGGCUUCCGAUUUCAGACACUGUGUGCUCCGUUUGACUGAGAACAACUCCCAGCCCUUGAUGACCAAGCUGCAGUGGCUCUUCGCCUUCCUGGAGCACAGCCAGCGGCCUGCCAUUUCUCCAGAGAACUUUCUGUCUGCAUCCUGGACACCCUGGUUCAGCCCUGGCACCCAGCAGGACUGCUCAGAGUACCUGAAGUACCUGCUGGAUCGGCUGCAUGAAGAGGAGAAAACUGGGACGAGAAUCUGCCAAAAGCUCAAGCAGUCCAGCUUGCCCUCCCCGCCUGAGGAGCCCCCUAGCCCGAGUUCAACCUCUGUGGAGAAGAUGUUCGGAGGCAAGAUUGUGACUCGGAUAUGCUGUCUCCGCUGCCUUAACAUCUCCACCAGGGAGGAGGCCUUCACGGACCUCUCUCUUGCCUUUCCCCCGCCUGAGCGCUGCCGCCGCCGCCGCCUGGGCUCAGUGAUGCUCCCUGCAGAGGACGUCGGUGCCCAGGACCUCCCUUCGCCAUCGCGAGCCCAGGCGCCAAGCAGGGCGGCUCCUCGGAGGCAGAGGAAACACUGCAUCACAGGGGACGUUCCCCCCACCGUCCUGAACAUUGAAGGCCUGGGCCCCCAGGGCCCCAGGGGGCAGAGCAGUCAGGAGGAGGAGGCAAAGGAGGAGGAAGAGAAGGAGAAGGAGGAGGAGAAGGCGGAGAAGGAGGCAGAGAAAGUGGAGAAGGAGGAGAAGGCGGAGAAGGAGGAGGAGAAAGUGGAGAAGGAGGCCGAGAAGGAGAAGGAGGCUGAGGUGGAGAAGGAGGCCGAGAAGGAGACGGAGCCCGAGAAGGAGAAGGAGGCCAAGAAGGAGAAAGAGGAGGACGGCCUGGGCCCAGGGACCCUCAGAAAUGCUUCCGCCCCCUCUGGGGAGGGUUCCCGCUCCGUCCUGGACCUGGUCAACUACUUCCUGUCGCCCGAGAGGCUGAUGGCAGAGAACCGCUACUACUGCGAGUCGUGCGCCUCCCUGCAGGACGCCGAGAAGGUGGUGGAGCUGAGCCAGGGGCCGCGCUACCUCAUCCUGACCCUGCUGCGCUUCUCCUUCGACCUGCGCACCAUGCGGCGCCGCAAGAUCCUGGACGACGUCUCCAUCCCCCUGCUGCUGCGGCUGCCGCUGGCCGGGGGCCGGGGCCAGGCCUACGACCUCUGCAGCGUCGUGGUGCACUCCGGCGUGUCCUCGGAGAGCGGCCACUACUACUGCUACGCCCGCGAGGGUGCUGCCCGCCCAGCCCCGAACCCGGGAGCGGCCGACAGGCCCGAGCCCGACAACCAGUGGUACCUGUUCAACGACACCCGGGUGUCCUUCUCCUCUUUUGAGUCUGUCAGCAACGUCACCUCCUUCUUCCCCAAGGACACUGCCUAUGUGCUCUUUUAUCGGCAGCGGCCCCGGGAGGGGCCUGAGGCUGAGCCCGGCUCUCCCCGAGCCCGGGCAGAGCCCACCCUCCACAAAGACUUGAUGGAAGCCAUUUCCAAAGACAACAUCCUUUUCCUGCAGGAGCAGGAGAAGGAGGCACGGAGCAGGGCGGCCUACAUCUCUGCACUCCCCACAUCUCCGCACUGGGGGAGGGGCUUUGACGAAGACAAAGAUGAGGAUGAAGGCCCUCCGGGGGGCUGCAGCCCUGCAGGUGGCAGCGGUGGUGACUUCCACAGACUGGUCUUCUAAUGGGAACCCUCAUC